AUCACUGAAUCAUGAUAUCUGCACAGUUUGUUGACACAUUCCGACGGAUAUUGGAAUUUGUUGGUUCGCGCGCUGAAAUAGCAAGUCGAUUUUCCGCUACGUUUUCAUGCCCCGCUCUGCUACCACCUGCAUCGGGACCUCCACUGCACAUUCUGUAACGAACCCUUCAAAACACACUGGCUGGGUUGGUUGGAAAUCCCUUCUUUUAAGGUAAAAAAAAUCGUGUUUAUCUCUGUUUCUUUCCAGGAUUUCGGUUUAGGAUCUGGAUCAUGUGCGCGUGAGAAAUUGAGGAGUUAUGUGGUGGACUACACGGAUAUUGCUUUGCUGUUUCGUGGGUCUUUUUCCUUACGACGUCGCUGCACAAGUGGUGGUCCUCACCAAAAGCAGCGUCUACCCAAAUCCAGACACCCUACUGGAGGGAGAAAGUGUGUUCUACGAUGUCCAGCUGUCUGCGGCGCCAAGUUCAACGGCAAAAAUCACGUUCCUGGUGACGAACACCACGAGGAUAAUCGCGUCACCGGCGGAGGUGGACUUCACCGGGGCGGACUGGGAUGUUCCUUGGCGGGUGGAGCUCGCAGCGCCCGAGGACGGGGUGGUGGAGCCCUCGGUGGGGACGGAGACGAACCCCGUGGAGGUUUGGUACCAGGAGGGAGGCAAUGCUGCUACACUUGCUGCUUCACUGGAUAUAGUGGUACAGGACAACGAUUAUGACCAGUAUCUACGUCAUGGCGCCAUCAGCUGGACCCGUGACGUCACAUUCGGCCGGAGCGUGGCGGUCUUCCACAUCAGCAUGUCUUACCACACGUCACUCCGGCCCGACGUCACUUCCGGUGACGUCAUCAGUGUGCCGGCCACCCUGAACUUCAACGAUGGCAGCCAGUGGACCAACACCUUGGACGUUACGGUUGUCGAGGUGUCCAGUGAAGGGUACAUCCUGACGUCAGCGGAAGUGACGCACGACUUCGGGUCAUCCUCCGCUGCAUCAUGGGAAGUCUCGUUGUCGCAGUGUUGCCGUAGCAACGCCUUGCAUAACAACGGAGGCACCACGUGA